AUGACGAAAAGCGAAGCGCCAUACGCGCGCGAGCGCUCGAUUGCCAUACGCGCUGUCUUGCGCGCCUCGCAACUCACGUCGUCGGUUUUUGACAAGCUGAUCUCGGCUUCCGACUCGCUCACAAAGUCGGACAAAUCGCCCGUCACAGUCGGAGAUUUUGGCGCACAAGCUGUUGUUAACUCCAUCCUCGCUACUCACUUCCCCGAUGACCCCAUCGUUGGCGAGGAGGACAGCAGCGAUCUCAAGACGGAAGAGGGCAAGAGCAUCAAGGAGCAAGUAUGCCGAUUGGCGAGAGAGGCGCUGAAGGGUGCAGCAACAAACUGCCCGGGCCUCUCGGGGCAGGGCGUACAGAAGCAGGAAGAGGAGGACCUGACAGAGGAGAAGCUACUGGCGGCCAUUGACCGAGGAAACCAUGAAGGCGGCGCGAUUGGACGAAUGUGGGCAUUGGACCCGAUUGACGGAACAAAAGGCUUUUUACGCGGCGGCCAGUAUGCAGUCUGCCUGGCGUUCAUCGUUGACGGAGUUGUACAAGUUGGCGUAAUGGGCUGCCCGAAUCUCCCUAUUUCACCGGCGGAUCCGAAGCCAUCAGGAGAUAAGGAACGUGACGCCCAAGUUGACAAGUCAAAGCUUGGUACGGUGUACGUUGCCGUGCGCGGGCAGGGCGCGUUCCAGCGUACGCUGCACGACGAAACGGAGACCCGGAUCAGCAUGCGCUCGCUUUCUGCCUCCAAGCUCUCACAGGCGUCCUUCUGCGAGAGCGUUGAGAGUGGACAUUCGUCCCAUGGCACGAACGCGAGGAUCGCGGAACUACUCGGCAUUAAGAACAAGUCUGUCAGGAUGGACAGCCAGGCAAAGUAUGCGAGCAUCGCACGCGGUGACGGCGAUAUCUAUCUACGGCUACCGGUCGGUGAUGGGAGCUACCAAGAGAAGAUUUGGGAUCAUGCGUCAGGAUUGCUGCUCGUAGAGGAGGCAGGCGGUAAGGUGACUGACCUGCGCGGGCAGGCACUCAACUUUGGCGCAGGGCGAACGCUGCGCGAUAACAAGGGCGUUGUCGCGGCGCACUGGGACGUGCACGGCCAAGUCAUCGAAGCGGUCAGCAAGGCAUUGAUGGAGGAGGGCAGGGGAAGCUUGCUGUAG